UACACGAGUAUUCAGAACGACUAGAAAAAUAUUUGAUGAAUGAAUGUGGUAUAAAAAAGUAUGACUUCUCAAAAUUUAUUGAGCUUAGAGUUAUAGGAGAAGGUGGAUCCGCAAUCAUGUAUUCAGCAAAAUUUCAAGAUGAAACAUAUGCAUUAAAAAGUUUACGAACUAACUUGCAUAUUCCCGAAAAAUCAUUGAAAAAAUUCAUCCGUGAGUAUAAAUGUUUUAAUGAUGUCAAACAAAAUCAUGAUAACAUUGUAAACUUCUAUGGAAUCGCGAGAGAACGCCCAGAACUGAUAGAAAUUUCUCAUGAGCUUGAAAGGUUAUCUACAGAAAAGUCUGUUGAGUUCAUCAGAAACGAUCUUAAAGAUCAUUAUGAGUAUACAAAUAAUAAUAGCAAAAAAGCCCGAAGUAGAUUGAAAAAAGGCGAUGUUUCUGUUGAAGGUACAACUACUCAAAAAAAAUAUACAAUUGAUGAAACUAUCAAAGAAUGUCAAAUUAAAAUUUAUAAUUGUGAUGAAUUUGAAAUAUCGGAUGGUGAAAAAGCAUAUUGGAAAAGUCGCAAAGUUAUGGUUACUCUGAAUGAUUUAGAUGUAGAUAUCCAUGAAUCUAUUAAUGAGGAUACCCAGGAAAUAUGUGAAACUCUCCAGCAAGAGCAAAAUAGGUUGUCAAUUCAACCCACGACUCAAGAAACAUCUGAGAGUAAUUCCAAAUCUUGUUUAAUAAAGACAGAACAAUUCGAAUUAAUUUGUAAAUGGAUUGAACAAGUUUCUCGUGGAAUUCUUUACAGAAAUGUAAUUGAUAUAACAAAAUAUCGCAGCAAAGUUGGAUCAUCAAGAGUUGAUUAUGGCCCAUGUUUUCGAGAUUUGCGUAUGGUCAAUAAUUUUAAAAGUGACUGUGAAUGUAUUCGUCUUAUUGGAAAGUCAAAAAACAGAUUCUCUGUAGAAGA